AUGUUCUUAUAUCCCGGUUACGGGACGCUGGAUCGCGUUGAUCACUCCAACCCGGGGUUUCACACGCUGACGCAGCCAUUCGAACCAAUUCUAACGCCCGAUGACUCGUCUGAAGCUUUUAUUCUUUACCGCCAGCAUCACCAAGCUGCGGUCACGGCCCAGCAUCCGCGACUCCCCAAUCCCGAUGUGUCCAAGAUCAUUGGGGAGCAGUGGCGUAACGAAAAUGAAACCGUCAAAGAGUACUGGAAGAAGUUGGCCGAAGAGGAGAAGAGACGCCACCAUGAGCUAUACCCUGACUAUCGAUACACUCCUAGACGGGGGGGCAGGUGUGGCAAGUGCGGCGGCCGACUCAUCGCAACGCCCCGCACGCCCUCGGCCCAGCUUCCGCCUUUGAGAACCCCGCGCGUAUCGUACGCCCAGAUGCCCAUUGCUGAUGAGGGCCCAGGCUAUCGCCACGGGCAAAUGCCACAAGGUUCGAGCCAUCCUAGCCAAGCGUACAAUUUUCAUGGAGGCACCGGCUUGAAGAGCAUUCAAGAGGAAGACAGCCCAAUGUUUGCAACACCAGAGCCCAAGCGUAGGCGUUUCGAAGAUGCUCGUAGCCGUCUGUCAGACACACCCGUCCCUAGCGGGUUUGCACCCUUCCACGAUGCUUACGAGACGCCUAUUCUCACGGGAGACAAGAGCUACGACUCGCAGGAAGAAGGGGUCGUGGCCAUGGUCAUGUCUGUGCCUCACAUGCGAAAGAUGCACAUCAUCUCCCAGAUCGCGCCUCCUUACCGCACCAAGGACCCCGUUAACAACAAGUCUAUGACGCGAGGGUGCUUCAUCGUUGUCGAAGGCCCCGUGGACGCAACGCUCAAGGCCGUGGGCGCCGCUGUGGAGCGGGCGCUCCGUGGAUAUGAAGAGGUAUCUUUGAAAACGUUUACCGAUCCAGAGCCCCUGCCUUUGAUUCGAGGCCUUGAUCCGGGUCACCAAGCCUCUUAUGUUGAAAAUGACAAUCUGUCAUGCCACCUUGAAUCCUAUACGCUCCGACUUCUGAAUUGGCGCAAGCGAUCAGCUCAAAUUGUCGAGCACAUUACAACGGCCCCACAGCCUACCGUCCAGGGACAUUUCCAGCGAUCGCUUUCUGACAGUAACAUUGCUGCAGACAUCUCAACCGCCAUUGAAGGGCGCGGCGGCGCGGAUACCCUGACAACAAGCUGCAGGAAACAGCCCUGGUCCGACGAAGCGGACCAGGACUACGCGUACGCGCCCACCGAGCACUGGCAGUGGAUGGCAACGCAGUGGCGAGGAAUGGUCGGCCCAGACCUAUUUGUCUACGUCAAGCCCACGGCUGACCCUGGCAUCAACCUCCGCAACACGGUGGAGCUUAAGUCGCCCAAUGUGAUGCUCGUGCGCGUUCCCAUGGAAGGCACGCUGGACGAGAAGACGGAGAGACGCCUCGCGUUUGAGAUUGUCGAAUGGCGGGCAGCUUCCCCGACAGCUCAUCACGACCACGACAGCACGACGACUAACGAUUCGUGCACGACAUUCGACACCGAGAAGCACGACCAACUCGUCCGGCCAUUCGACGAUACGACUCACACUAUAGAAACGACGACAUCCACCACCCACGUUUCCCGUCCCCUUCCCCACCGAUCCCUAAACCUGCCUGGCCAGCUUCCCCCGCCCCCGUCUCGUCAUUUGGAAAUUAGGGACCCGAGCAGAAAUGACAGCAGCAACCAGGCGGUGAACACACCACGAACGAUUAGCAAGAUGUCGGACAUAUCCGUAGGCCACAUCGUCCAGCUCCCGAAUGGACGCAAAGCCGAGGUCAAGUUCAUCGGCGAGACGGCCUUUGCCGUGGGCGUCUGGGUUGGUCUCGAGCUCGAAGACGACAGUGGCAAGAACGAUGGCAGUGUCCAGGGCACGCGGUACUUCAACUGCGACAUGGGCCGCGGCAUGUUCAUGAAGCCUACCAACCUCAAAGUCAUUGGCCAGGUCCCCCAAAGCCGCUCCCAAACCAGCUGCCGCGAGGCGGGUCUCCUCGCGGCCCAGCAGUAUACAGGCAGGCCCCUGUCCUCUAGUGCCUCAAGCUCCCGAACAAACACCCCUUCCAAUGCACGAGUACCCAGCAUUGGCGUCAAACCCAAGCCCGCCGGGGGCGUCCGGACGUCUAUGGGGCCGCCUGCUCUCCCUAAGGCAGGAGCAAAGCCGGCCACCUCGUCGACGACGGCAAACCGUCAGAGUAUCGGAGGCGCAUCCCGGCUCGCGAACCGCAUGUCCUUGACCUCUUCGAAGCCCCCGAGCCGAGCGGGUAGUAUUCGGCGGCCGUCUGCCGAUUCUCAGGCCACGGGCGCUGAUAGCCGCAGGUCUAGCAAGGAAGAGGCCGCCAUGGGCUCCGACAGAAGCGAGACCGAGAUUCUCCAGCCGAAGCCAACGAGCCCUGUGCUUACCAAAUCCAAUACGGUGGAUAGGCUGACCGCGGCCGCGGCGCAAGGGUCUGCGCCUGCUUCUCGGGGCGCGCGACCUGCCGGGACCGACGCCGCCAACCGUAAGAUUGCGGACCUCGAAACUAAGAUCAAGAUCCUGGAGAGAAAGGCAAUGGAGAACCGAGACAAGCUGGCCAACAUCCCCAAACUUCAGCAGGACCUCGAACGAUACCAGGCCAUUAUCCAGAAGCUCCAGAGCAAGGCGCAGGAGAAUAACGAAUCAAGGAAGAUGGUCAAGGAGAUGGAGCAGACGAUAGCUGCACUUCAAGACGUGCAAGCCGAUCACGAACAAGACCUAGAAAGCAUGCUGCUCGACCGCGAGAUGGCCGAGGAGCAGCUUGAACAUGCCAGGAUGGACCUCGAGGUGGCAAACGAGAGGUUGGAAGUCCUUCAGCUCGAGUUUGAUAUACUAAAAGCGGAGCGAGAGGAAGCCAUCCAAGGCUUGUCCCCUGAGGAGCGGGCCAGCGAAAGUUGGAUAGCAAAGGAGCGGGAGAACGAGAGGUUGCGUGAGGCAUUGGUGCGCUUCCGAGACAUUACGCGUGAAAAGGAGGCCGAACUAUUGGACCAGAAUGCGGCCUUGGAGGAGGAUCUUAAGGACUUUUCCGUCACCAAGGACCAGCUUGGCGAGUGCAGGGAGAAGCUCGGCAAGUCCGAAGACAUCAUCGAGGACCUCCGCGGGCAGCUCGAGAAUGCGCUUGGCGCAGAGGACUUAAUCGAGGACCUCACGCAUCGCAACAUGUCUCUUGGUGAAGAGGUCAACGAGCUCAAGGCCGUUAUCGACGAGCUAGAAACGUUGAAGGAGCUCAACGACGAACUCGAGGCCAACCAUGACCAGGGCCUGGAGGACAUGGAGUACACUCUCUCAAGGUUCCGGCAGCUCGUCACCACUCUCCAGGCCGACUUGGAAGACAUGCGCGCCUCGCACGCCGUCACCGAGACCGAGUCUGAGAAGCUCAAUGAUCGCUCUCGCGCCAUGAUGGACCUCAAUAUGAAGCUGCAGCUGUCUGCCUCCAAGGCCCAGGCCAAGGCUAUCGACCUUGAGCUUCGCCGCCUCGAGGCGCAGGAGGCUGAGCAACAUCUCGAGAUUGUCAAGCUGUUCCUCCCCGACUCCUACAAGGAGGACCAGAACUCGGUCCUGGCCUACCUCCGGUUCCAGCGAGUUGCCUUCAAGGCCAACAUGCUGCAAGGGUUCAUCGGCGAGCGAAUCGAUGGCCAGGCCCAUCCUGGCCACGAGGACGACGUCUUCUACGGCCGCGACGCCAUUGACAAGCUCACCUGGGUUUCAGCCAUGUGCGAGCGCUUCGCCAGCACCAUUCGCCGCUGCACGCCCGAAGGGUUUGUCAAGUUUGAGUCCGCCCUGCACGAGCUGGACCCCGUCGAGCGGGCUCUCAACACGUGGAUUGACGGCCUGAGGAAGGAUGACCUCAAGGAGAAGAAGUGCGCGGAUGAGCUUCAGCGGACCAUUGCUGUCCUCGCCCAUCUUGCCGAAGUUCACCUCGGCGAGGACCUCGCGUCCUUUGCCGACGAGACGUACAUGCAGGCGCUCAACAUGCAGAGCUAUCUCGAGUCCGCCACCGUCUCCUUCACCACGCUCAAGGCCAUGGUGCAGAGGGUCCUCGCUUCUGCCGAGAAUGACGAGGGUGACCUUAGCCAGCACUUUGUCAAGCGCGCCGAGCUCGCCAUUGGCCAGACGCGAAGCGCCAAGCUCGUCGCUGCUCGGGCCGUCCGCGCCUUGGAAGACCUCAAGACUAGGUCGCUGUCGCUGCAGCCCGAGUCGAGGGACGCCUUUGAGCAGGUGGAAAGCGCGGCGCAGGAUCUCGCCAACCUAGCCUGCCAGCUCGGCGUCGACCUCCACGCGGUCCUCACCGAAGAGGGCCGCAGCGAGCCAUAUACUUUUGCUGAGGUGCAGAACACCAUCUCCAAGACCACCACGGCGGUGACGUCUUCGAGCGAAUCCGAUCUCUUCUCCACCUACCUUACUGGCCUCCGCGUGUCCACUACCCAACUCAACGACCUUGCCGCUCUCUGCGCCGACCUCGACCAGGUCCAGGAGUUCGACACGCGCCCCGUCGACGCCGAGGAGGAGAUGCGUCGCCUCCGCGAGGAGUACAACGAGGCUCGUCGGGCUGUCGCCCAGCGCGACGAUACGCUAAGCACCGCGCUCCUCAAGAUUGAGACCCUCGAGUCCCGUAUGAAGGAUGCCCAGGCCAAGGUCAACCGCAUCGGCGAGCUGGAGGGUGAGAUUGAGAGCUCCAAGAAGACCAACGCGGGUCUCGUAGAGGACAUUGAGAAGCAGGACCGUGAACUGCGCGUGCUCGAAGCCGAGCGCGACAAGUGGAAGAAGGUGGCGGGCGACAACCGCGCGUUUGUCGAAGGCGUGGGCGAGGCCAACGUCAAGGUCGGCCAGGAGCGGGCCGUGGCCACGGCCCGGCAGAUGGACGGUCUCCGCGGGGAGGUGUCCAGCCUACAGGAAGCGGUGCGCUACCUCCGCCAGGACAACAAGCGCGCCCGGACCACGGAGCAGCACUCGCACGCCUGGCUCGCCGAGCCCCUGCGGAGACCCACCACUGUGGAGCAGCGUCGUCGUGCUGCCGUGGCGGCCGAGGGCCGGGACGUGCUCGGGGAGCUCCUGCGCAUGGCCACCUCGGCCAAGGUGUACGAUCUCUCGGCGCUGCCCGAGGACAAGCUCGCGUGGAGGCGGGCCAAGUCGACACCCCAGUACCACGCUGCGAAGCAGGCCGAGGACUACGCCGCGUGGAAGAGCUGGCGCACCGAGGUGGUCAAGAAGUCCAAGGCCAUUCGGCUGCCGGGCGCGGAUGGCAAGGUCAUACCGGGCACGGGUAGGGACGUGCAGAUUGUGGGGUCUGCGGAGUGGGAGCGGCUGCAGGCUGCUGGGCGGGUGGUUGUGUAG